AUGUCGUCCGCCGACGCCGCCGACUACGGCUUCAAGCGCUUCCGCGUGUCCAAAGCUUGCAUCGUCUGUCGUCUUCGCAAGACAAAGUGCAACGGCGAGCAGCCGUGCGAUCGCUGCAAGGCCCACUCGGCGGAGUGCAAGUACGAGACCAUCGAAUCGCCCGCUCCCAAACGUGUCAGUCGGACCGGUUCAUCAUCCUCGAUUCCCAAUGCUGGUCGUGGUUCGCAAGGCAGAGACAACAACGAUGAUGACGACAGCGACGAUGCCUCGGCUGCCAAUCCUGCUGACGCUGCUGCCCAGGCAAGAGCUGCGAAGCGCCAGAAGCGGGCCAUGAUUGAUCAGAUUGCAGACCGUCGAUGGGGUGACAGACUGCCUUCACGCUCCUCCAACAACGCGCGCAAGUCUGGCUACGUUCAGCAUCAUCUCGAGCUCUACGCCUCCGUCGACCAGGAUGAGCCCGCAGGCCACGACACCGACCUACACACAGAAGAUGGCAUUCGUGCGCACGACCAGAACACGGGCAACAUGCAGUUCUACGGCUUUACAUCCAAUUUCAACUUCCAGCACCGGCUAGCACAGACCGUAGAAGCGCUCCGAUUGCGCGAGCAACAUCAGCACGCAACAAGCAGCGGUUCGUCUAGAGGAGGGCCAUCGUCUGCGACCAAUGGCACAUCAGUAGGCGGAGACAAGGGUCGUCGCUCAUCUCAUCUUCCCGAGAGUAUGAAGCUCUGGGGCCACCAAGAUAUCAUCUUCCGACAGACUUUGUCAGACAAGUCCUUCCCCACCCUGGAUGCCUGCAAAGACGCCGUCGGCGACUCGACCUUCCUGCCGCCGUCCAUCGUCGAUCGCUUCAUCGAGAACUACAUGACGCUCAUCCAGCCACAGCUCGGUGCAGUGCCCAAACGGCAGAUCGUCAAGUGGGUCAAGGAUGCUAAAGCCCUCGGCUACCUCUCACGUGGCUUCUCCGGUGUCCCUUCCAUGGCCGCAUCGGGUCCUGGCAAUGCUCCAGCGGGCCAGAAGCUCGGUCCCGCUCCAAUGCGUACCAACGAGUUGGCGGCGCUCUAUGUCGUCCUUGCGUUGGGUGCUUUGAUGGACGAAGGAGAUUGGGAAGACUGCUUCGCGCCAGUCUCGCUUACUCGAGAAGGUGCCAUCGCUUGCGCCACAACUCUCUUUCUUCUCGCAAAGAAGCGUCUCGAAGAGAUUGUCGAGAACUCGAGCAUCCAAAGCGCACGCUGUCUCGUGCUCAUGAGCUUCUUCUCACUCCAGUGGUCAAGUCCCAACGUUGCCUACCUCUACAUCGGCUAUGCAGCACGCAUGUGCAUCUCAAUAGGGCUUCACCGCGAGACGUUCUACUCGCCAAACAAUCCACGGAGUGCGGAACACCAACAGCUGUGGUGGACAUGCUAUGGAAUCGAGAGGAUGAUCUCGACCUGGUUCGGUCAGGCGUCCGCAAUCCGCGACGACGACGUCUCGGCGCGCUUGCCGCAACCUGACAACUCGCACGACGCCUACUUGCUCGUAUACGCCCAGAUCGCACGUAUCUGCUCGGACAUGAGCAGACUCUCCGCCAACCCGCCGGCUAACGCCCACGACGUUCUGCUCGCAUCCGAACGCAUGGAGGCAGAGAUGCUGCGCAUCCGCCACGAGGCGCCCAGAGAGCUUGCAAUCGGACUGCGCGAUGGGUUCAGUCGCGAUGCAGACGACGACUCCGAUUCGUCUGAUCUGGUGGUGCGCCGCUACUCUGUCACCAUCCUGUGGUGGUAUUUGCGUCUGCUCAUACACAGCCCGCUCGUCAUCUUUGCGCUGUACUGCCGCUCGAUUGGAACCGACAUCCCCCGAAGCGUGCUCGACAAGACGCACAGCUCUGCUCGCGCGGGUCAGCAGCUGAUUGACGCCAUCUCGAAUGCAAGGAGCGACAUGCCACGACCAGGUCUCGAUAACAUGCGCUUCGGCAGCUUCUAUCUCGACUCGGCGUGCACCAUUGUGUUGGCAGCCAUCCUGUGCGACCCGAGCAACCAGGAGCUUGCGUUCGGGUAUUUGGCUUCGAUCGACAGGGCGAUCAAGUACCUGGAGAAGAAGGAGCGAAUCUACGCGGAUCACGGCACCACGGCGUCGCUGCAAAAGGCAAGGGACUUGGUGGUGUUGGCGCGGCAGGUGGUCAGAGCAGCAGCCGGGCAAUCAGCGAGCUCCAAGGUGAACGAUCAGAACGCCGCUCGUAGCAAGAGCGUGGCGGCGGCUGCUGCGGCAUCGGCAGCAUCUCCAAAUGGCGGCAACAGCACGGUGAACAGCUCGGCAGAUGCAGCCAGCAGACUGCCUCGUAGCCGGCUCACGUCGACCUUCUCGACCAGCUCGGAACGAGGUACAGCAGCAGCUGAUGAGGACGGAAGUGGAGAAGACGGCUCGAGCACACCCAAUGUGGCCCCGACCUCUCUGCACCGCCUUGGCUCCGCAGGUAUUUCAGGCAACAACCCGGCCAUGGAUCUAUCGGUCGCCUCGCUCGUCGGUCCAUCAUCUUCUUCUGCAAGCCCAGCCUACAGGCCUCAGUCGGGCAACACCCCGAGCGCAACAAUGGCACCCGAUGCAGCGUACAACGAGGGCAAGAGCUACGCCAACGAGCGCGACGAAUGGAUGCAAUACUUCCUUUCGAAUUUCGACUGGCUCUCUCAACCGGGCACAACGCCUCAACCGCUCCAUCCCAGUGGCAAUGGCGGCACGAGCAUGUCGCCUGGCUUCAACACCGCGGGGACCCCAGGUUCUGUUGGUAGGAUGUUACCGAGCCAUCUCAACGGCAGAGGUGCGACAGCGCUGGCAUCGCCUGGUCUGAGCUCGCCUGGAAGUGCGGGUGGGCCCGCCUCGUUGAGCGAGCUCGACAUUGGACUGCUCAUGGGUGGAGUCAGCGUCAUGGAAGGCGUCACGGAUCUCAACGGGGGUGCAGCUGGCGAGAAUGGCAGUGCAGGUGCCGCUUAG